CCUCCGGCCUGCCAGCGGCCUGGGGCCGGGUAGCCCAGGAGGUAGCAGCUGUUCUGGGAAAAGGGACGUUUGAAGGCCGUGUCUAACGGGAACAAGCACAGAAAUACUGCUCUUUUCCUUUCAGAGGCUAUGAUGGGAAGUCCGAUCUUCAUGUUGGAAUCAGCAACAUGAAUGGCUUGGUAUAUAAUUACGAUGAAGAGGGCAUUCACAGAGAUGAAACUGGAUGGGAACAGUGCAUUAGUAUCCCACUAGUACAGCCAGACAUGUUUGGGCUUCUUCACCAAUGGGAUAAGCUCCUAGAGGAAUUUUCUGCGGGAGAGGCCUGGCUACCUCACAGGUAUGAAGAACAUGACCACAACUGCUACACAUACGCACUGGCAUUUAUUAACAGUGUGCUGACUGCACAAGGGAAGCCGCAAAUGAGUAAAAGUGAAUUCACAGAGAAAUUUGUGAUCCCACAGACAAAGAAAGCUUCCAAAUACAUUACUCUGCAUCAGGAGUUAACAGCUAAUGAGUUCUACAUUGUAUACCAUCCUGAUCAAGAAAAACAGUGCUGAAAUUAAGCUGCUCCAUUAAAAUAUCUACAAAAGGAAAAGGAAGUCUUAGCAUCCAACUUUCAUGGUUUAAGGUAUUUGAUCUGUAAAAUCACGAUUUCCUUCGCCUAUGUUGGCCAGCUUGUUAUGAAAGGAUCAUGCUCUUUGCUGCUAAAUUUGUAUAUGUGAAUGAAGUGACGUGCAAUUUACACACUACUGAAAAUUUAUAUGGGAACUGUUCAUAUGGAAAAAUGUUUUCCUAUUUAUAUUUGAUAUACAGCAUGUUCAGUCAAGAUAUUUAGCAUUAGAAAUUGUAAUUGCUGUGUAAUUAAGGGUUCUAACAGAUGAACUGUGGUAACUUUAACCCCUAGCAAAACAAAAUGUUAUUUUCUCAACUGUCACAUUUAUUUACGGACGGGUAUAAAAAGGGCAUUUAUAGCUGCAUACUGCUGAAGUCUAAAGUUCUUGACUAACUGUAGAUUCACCACAUGCAAAGUUACUUUAAUUACUAAUAAAUAAUAAUAAAU